AUGGCCCGCGGCGGCGAAGAGGAGGGCCGCCCGCCCGAACAGGCCGCGUCGCCUCCGGAGGCCUCCCAGGGCGGCGGUUCUGGGCGCCCGUCUCCACCGCCGCCUCCUCCUGCUCGGGUGCCGCGGCUGGGCCUGGCCCUGGCCUUCCUGGCGGUGCUGCUGGCGGCCAAAUACUACCGGGACGCGGAGGCCGCCCGGCGGCAGGAAACAGCCCUGAAAUCUCUGGGAAAUGAGGGUCUUUUUCUCUUCUCUUCCCUGGAUACUAACAAUGAUUUGUACAUCAGUCCUGAGGAAUUCAAACCCAUUGCAGAGAAACUGACCGGGAUGAUUCCUGUGUCUGGAACUGAGGAGGAGGAAGUGAUGGAUCCCAAUGGAGAGACUCUCUCGAUCCUUGCAAAAUUCCAGCCUCUGUUGAUGGAAACCAUGACAAAGAGCAAAGAUGGCUUCCUUGGAAUUUCCCAUGUGGCCUUCACUGGGCUCCGCAACUGGACAGCUCCUGCUUCGCCCCUCAGCAUGAUGUUCGCUCGACAAUUCAAGGCCUUUCUUCCCCCAAAGAAUAAGUUGGAACCUGGUGACCCGUGGUGGAUCAUUCCCAGCGAACUAAACAUCUUUACCGGAUAUCUUCCCAAUAACCGUUUCUACCCUCCAGUUCCCAAGGGCAAGGAGGUCCUCAUUCACAAGCUCUUGAGUAUGUUCCACCCGCGGCCAUUUGUGAAAACCCGUUUUGCUCCUCAGGGAGCAGUGGCCUGCAUUCAAGCUGUAGCAGAGUUCUACUACAGAAUAGCCUUCAGAAUCCAUGCAGAGUUCCAACUGAAUGAGCCUCCAGAUUUCCCAUUCUGGUUUUCUCCUGCCCAAUUCACAGGCUACAUUGUCCUCUCAAAGGAUUCUUCCCAUGUCCGAGAGUUCAAACUGUUUGUCCCUAAUAACAGGUCUCUUAAUGUAGAUAUGGAAUGGUUAUACGGUGCCUUGGAAAGCAGCAACAUGGAGGUGGAUAUAGGAUACUUACCUCAGAUGGAGCUGGAGUCUCUGGGACCAUCUACUCCUUCAGUGAUUCAUGAUGAAAAUGGGAAUGUGAUUGACAGCAGAGAAGGAGAACCAAUUCAGUUUAUUUUUGAGGAGAUUUCCUGGCAGAGAGAAAUAAGCUGGGAAGAAGCAUCUGGGAAACUGGAAGUGGUCAUGUAUCCAUUUAAGAAAGUUUCCUACUUUCCUUUUACCCAGGCUUUUGAGAAAGCCAAGUCUGAGGGUAAACUUGUUCAUUCCAUACUCUUGUGGGGAGCCUUAGAUGAUCAGUCAUGCUGAGGUUCAGGGCGAACUCUCCGGGAGACGGUCCUGGAAAGUUCGCCCAUCCUUGCAUUCCUGAAUGAGAGUUUCAUCAGUACCUGGUCAUUGGUGAAGGAACUGGAAGAUUUACAGGGUAAACGGGACGAGAUCACCAGCAAACUUGCAGACCUACAUCUUGAAAAGUAUAACUUCCCUGUGGAGAUUAUGAUCUGCCUGCCCAAUGGCACCGUGGUUCACCACAUCAAUGCCAACUAUUUCCUGGAUAUUACUUCUAUGAAGCCUGAAGAAGUUGAGAACAGCAUCUUUGGCUUCUCCUCCAGUUUUGAAGACCCUUCAACAGCAACUUACCUCCAGUUCUUGAAGGAAGGACUUCAGAAAGCCAAACCACACCUGUAG